AUGAUACUAUUCAUAGUGUACAAUCACGUCGGCUUUUCACCGGCAGAAAUUCUUAUAGACCAGUCGCCAGCUCACCUUAAAAAUGGCUGCAUCUGCAAUCAUAAGAAUGUAACAUACAAUUUCUGUUACCAAUUACCUUCAAAUCGGCUAAUCAAAGGAAAGCGUUUCAAUUGCAAUUUUUCUUCAUACCUUGAAGAGUUUGGGAUCUUGUCCUCAUCCAAUAUCAUUGACUUGGAAACUAAGGAGAUGCCUAUGCCCGCGUUCGUGACUGCCAUGUCUGAAAAUCACUAUGCAGAAGGGCUCACCUUGGUACGAUUUGUUUGCAUUAGCUGUGCUAAGAACUGGCGAGGAGAAUAA